AUGUCCUUCCGUAAGGAAUGUGGGUCGACCGGUUCGGUCAGCUUGGCGGUAUCCACAGCUUCAGUGUCAGCUUCAGCGGCCCGGGGCACUUUAUCCCCAUCGCCUUCGCCGGCGCCUCGCUCCUCGCUUGUUACUCCACCCCCGAGUAGCGCAUCAGCUGCCCCGCUCGUUGGUACGCCAUCCGCCUUGGGUAUUCCGGCCGGCAAUAACGCCCUACAGUUGCGACCCUCCGAAGCGUGCAUUCCUUGUGAAAUCUGUGGCCGUAGAUUCCGCAGCCUGGCUGACGUGCGCUCCCAUGUGGCCGCGAUCCACCUUAAAAACUCGGAGGACCCCGAGCGGCGGUUCCAAUGCGAGUUCUGCCCAUUCCGCGCGUACACUAAGACGUCCAUUCGCCAACACAUGUUUCUGCACACCGGCGAAGUGCCAUAUAAGUGCGACCUAUGCAGUUACGGAGCCCGACAAAAGUUCCAUCUCGACAGGCAUCGUCAAAAGGCGCAUGGAAUGGCGCCUACACCGAAACGCGGCCGUUUCCCCGGCCGGCCGUCGAGUGAGCUUUCAAUUCUACCCGUAGGGCCGCCUAGCGCUUCACCACCAAACGGCAGUGGCAACGGCGCAUCCUUGAAUCCAACUACGUUAAACGGGCACUCAAGCGAUCCUGAGUUGCUGACACCGUUCCCACCGGUGUUUCCGCCCAUGCUUGACCCCGCCGCCCUGAAGCUUGCCUCGAAUCUAUUCCAGCUGAUUUCGUCGUCUAAUGGCGGAGGCAGCGGAAGCAGUGCCGCAGGAGGAAAUAAUUCGUCGGCUUCAACGGGUUCGGAUCAUAGUUCGCAGGACAAUGACGUUUAA